AUGCAAGGCAAGAACUUUAGCCACGAGGCUACUGAGUUAGAUUGGUACCAUUUUUUAAAAUUGCAUUUUUCUACCGACUUUUUGAAGCCCGUUUGUAUAUAGACCUACUUUAUUGGCUUUUCACCUGACUGGUCUUAUUUUCUGACCUUUUCCCCCAUGAAACCUCAAGAUAAUUAGGAUGUUUCUCUUUCAGAGCUAGAAGGCCCCUUAGUGCAGUUCCCUUAGAACCAAAAUCUUGUGACCGUAAGAAGGUGGGACUUUCUAGGACCUCCCAGCCAAGAUACCAGUUUGAUUUUUCUUAUGUGGCUAAUCAAGUGAUAUUGUUAACUUGAGGGAAUCGUGAGGUGUCACUACACCUCAAAAGCUGAUGCUCAGUGCCGUCCAGGCAACUCCACGGCAGCUGUGAAAGAUGCCUGAGGAAUGCUGUGACUCUCCAAGAUUGCUUCCUCUGAAAGCGUCACGGAGAGAGGGAGAGAUUCUCCAGGCUCUGGUUCACUCCUCAGUUGCUACCAGCAACCAGGACUAGGCCAGACUGAAGCCAGCACGUAGAUGGCGGGAAGCCAAGCGUGUGGGCCAUCUUCCUCUGCCUUUCCGUGCGUGAGCAGGGAGCUGGAGCACCAGUGGAGGAGCUGGGACUCUGCACGUGGAGACUCAGCUAUGUCACAGUGCCCACCCGCUCAGUAUUCUAAGCUUUUGUGUUGAAGCUGGCCACCAGGUUAUCAGAAAUGGGGUGAUAGGUGGCAGCUUCCCUGGAACGAGGCGGUGAUAGUCAUUUUGAAGGCAGGUACUUUUUACACGUGAUAUUCCAAAGGAGAGACACUGGGAACAGUGAAGUGGGGAGUUUUUGCUGACUGGGUCAGAGCAUGGCUGCGGCUCUCCUGGCUGCCGGCGCGGUAGGGGCCUGAGCCCCUGACCUGGCGUUCUGGCAGCUCCCUGCAACUUCAGCUGCUUGCCAAAGGGAGAUUGUGCCUCUGGGUUUCAUAUGGCCUUUUGAUAUUGCAUGGACUUUUGAACGUGUAUUCUCUGCCCAAGUAUUUCUGUAUGACAUGGUGGAAGAAGAAAUUGCCAGAAGUCACUGCUCACAGAAUACUCUGUAGUGUCAGAGUGUCCCCUAGAGGUGACGAGGCCUGUGAUAGUGUGGAUUCUAACAAGCUCGUGUCAUGGGCCGGUCAUCUGCAGUUGAUUAGCCUUUGUUUCCAGCUAGGUAAGCCGGGUACUAACUAGCACAGUAUUUUGUCUUUGUGUUUGUCUUCAAAAUGUCCCAAAUGGCCCUGGGAAAAAGGUGCAGCUCAAUGGGGGCUUUCAACUUACGAUUUUCUUUGUUUUAGGCUCCAUAAAAAUACAGACUCACCAGUUCCUGCUUUGAUGUGACAUGUGACUCCCCAGAAUACACCUUGCUUCUGUAGACCAGCUCCAACAGGAAUCCAUGGUAGCUGGGAUGUUAGGGCUCAGGGAAGAAAAGUCGGAAGACCAGGACCUCCAGGGCCUCAAGGACAAGCCCCUCAAAUUCAAAAAGGUGAAGAAGGACAAGAAGGAAGACAAGGAGGGCAAACAUGAGCCUCUGCAGCCCGCAGCCCACCACUCUGCCGAGCCGGCAGAGGCAGGCAAAGCAGAGACCUCGGAAGGCUCAGGCUCCGCCCCAGCUGUGCCAGAAGCUUCUGCUUCCCCCAAACAGCGCCGCUCCAUCAUUCGUGACCGGGGACCCAUGUAUGAUGACCCUACCCUGCCCGAAGGGUGGACACGAAAGCUUAAGCAAAGGAAAUCUGGCCGCUCCGCUGGGAAGUAUGAUGUGUAUUUGAUCAAUCCCCAGGGAAAAGCCUUCCGCUCUAAAGUGGAGUUGAUUGCGUACUUCGAAAAGGUAGGCGACACCUCCCUGGACCCUAAUGACUUUGACUUCACGGUAACUGGGAGAGGGAGCCCCUCCCGACGGGAGCAGAAACCACCUAAGAAGCCCAAAUCUCCCAAAGCUCCAGGGACUGGCAGAGGUCGGGGACGCCCCAAAGGCAGUGGCAGCACGAGACCCAAGGCAGCAGCAUCAGAAGGUGUGCAGGUGAAAAGGGUCCUCGAGAAAGGCCCUGGGAAGCUGCUCGUCAAGAUGCCUUUCCAAGCGUCACCAGGGGGCAAGGCUGAGGGGGGUGGGGCCACCACAUCUGCUCAGGUCAUGGUGAUCAAACGCCCUGGCAGGAAGCGAAAAGCUGAGGCUGACCCCCAGGCCAUUCCAAAAAAACGGGGCCGGAAGCCUGGGAGUGUGGUGGCAGCUGCUGCUGCUGAGGCCAAGAAGAAAGCCGUGAAGGAGCCUUCCAUCCGCUCAGUGCAGGAGACCGUGCUGCCCAUCAAGAAGCGCAAGACCCGGGAGACGGUGAGCAUCGAGGUCAAGGAGGUGGUGAAGCCCCUGCUGGUGUCCAGCCUCGGCGAGAAGAGCGGCAAGGGACUGAAGACCUGCAAGAGCCCUGGGCGGAAAGGCAAGGAGAGCAGCCCCAAGGGGCGCGGCGGCGCCUCCUCGCCCCCCAAGAAGGAGCAUCACCAUCACCACCACCGCCCGGAGUCCCCGACGGCCCCCGCGCCGCUGCUCCCACCCCUGCCCCCGGAGCCCCCAGAGCCCGAGAGCUCCGAGGACCCCAGCAGCCCGCCUGAGCCCCAGGACGUUAGCAGCGGUGUCUGCAAAGAGGAGCAGAUGCCCCGAGGAGGCUCCCUGGAGAGCGACGGCUGCCCCAAGGAGCCAGCUAAGACUCAGCCCACGCUCGCUGCUGCUGCUGCCACGGCUGCAGACAAGUACAAACACCGAGGGGAGGGAGAGCGCAAAGACAUUGUCUCAUCCUCCAUGCCAAGGCCAAACAGAGAGGAGCCUGUGGACAGCCGGACGCCCGUGACCGAGAGAGUUAGCUGACUUUACACAGAGUGCAUUGCAAAGCAAACCAACAAGAAUAAAGGCAGCUGUUGUCUCUUCUCCUUAUGGGUAGGGCUCUGACAAAGCUUCCCGAUUAACUGAAAUAAAAAAAUAUUUUUUUUUCUUUCAGUAAACUUAGAGUUUCGUGGCUUCAGGGAGGGAGUAGUUGGAGCUUUGGGGAUGUUUUUCUUACCGACAAGCACAGUCAGGUUGAAGACCUAACCAGGGCCAGAAGCAGCUUUGCACUUUUCUAACUAGGCUCCUUCAACAAGGCUUGCUGCAGAUACUACUGACCAGCCAAGCUGUUGACCAGGCACCUGCCCUCCCACCCGAACCUUUUCCCGUGUGCUCCUGAGGGACAGAGAGCAUUGAGAGGACACACCCAUUUUUGGUGCCAUCGAUGCCCCCCCCAACUCCCUUGACUCCCCCCACCAGAGCUGACCAGGCUGGGACAGGGAGGUGUGAGGCAGCAGAGACAGUGGGAUUCUUUAAAGACGAAGAUGGUGAUGGCCAGUGGUGUGGCCCAUGUGAUCCCAUGCGUGGCGGCACUAGCAUGGCCCCACACUAGCCCCAGUCCAAAACUAACCAAGACGUGUCACAGGAAAGCAAAGUAGCACCUAUCUGCUGCAGGACAGGUUGGCCCCGGGGAGGUGCCCCCCUUUCCGGAGGGCUGGCCUCCAGUGGAUGGCACUGUGAGAGAGAGCGAGCGAGCGAGCAAGGGCAAGUGCAUGCACAUGCCCUGAGGCUACGGCAUGUGGGGCCCGGGCAGGCUGGGCAGAGGCGCUUCCCACUGAGCAGCAGGAUGGGCUGAGAGGAGAGGGCAGUGUUCUUGCAGUUAGGUUCCGGUUCUCCUGUAGGGACAGCUUAGGAUUAUUUGCACUAUUGGGUCUUCAUGUUCCCGCUUCAAAACAAUCUCUGAGAGCAAACCUGCUUGAAUUGGUGACCCUUGGUCCCUCAAGCUGCCAGACAUGAUGGUGUUCCGAACUACCUGGGUCUGUAUAUACCUGCGCUUGUUCUCAAGUGGGCGCAGCAGAGGGUUCCCACGAAGCUCCGAAACUCUAAGUGUUUGCUGCAAUUUUAUAAGGACUUCCUGACUGCUUCCUCUUCUCUCCUUCCAUCUCUGCCCUCCUUCCAGCUCAUCCUUUCAGUUUUUUACCCCUUCCUCCUUCCUCCCACUACAUCCCUUCUGUUCCCAACAGCUGCAGUACCCACCUGUAGCCCGGGCACCCACUGGACGGUUCUGAGUCCUAGAAUUCUCCCUGCCCUUUGCCUUCCCACUGCCAGGAGCAGCACCACCCUGCUCCGCCCUGAAGAGUUCCUGGGCUCGCUGGCAAGGGCUUGCUCCCAUAGACAGCCCUCUCUUCCCUGGGAAACCAGUGGCCAAAGGCUCUACCCACUUCUCUAGAGAAGUGCACCAGAGCAGCUGGGGCAGCCUAGACAGCGCCCUGUGGUCUGCAUGGCUCAAACGCUGCCAGCCUUGACCUCACUCAGAAGUCUGACCAUGAGCAGCGUGAAGCAGGGUGGCUGGAAGAACCAGUGCAGACACUCCCGAGACCUGGACCCCCAGCCCCUCUCCUACUCCCCCUUUUCCUCUGGAAAUGUGCUUUUGCUCAGUGCAGACUGCAUGGGGCCAGCACAGCCCCACUCUCAUGGUCUGGUCCGUGGGCUGUGCUGUGGGCAUUGCAGGCUCGGGCUUGCUGUGGGGUUUGAAUCAGUUUUUGUUUGGGACCCCAUCUUUCUAAGCUCCGUUCAGGAAGUCCUUAUCUAGCUGCAUAUCUUCAUCAUAUUGGUAUAUCCUUUUCUGUGUUUACAGAGAUGUCUCUUAUAUCUAAAUCUGUUCAGCUGAGAAGUACCUUAUCAAAGUAGCAAAUGAGACAGCAGUCUUAUGCUUCCAGAAACACCCACAGGCACAUCCCAUGUGAGCUGCUGCCAUGAACUGUCACGUGCGUGUUGUCUUGUGUAUUUCAGUUAUUGUCCCCUGGCUUCCUUGCUGCGGUGUAACCAUGAAGGAGUGAAACACCUAGAAACCGUCUAGCAUUUCCUUGCCAGUCUUUAGUGAUCAGGAACCAUAGUGGACAGUUCCAAUCAGUAGCUUAAGAAAAAACACAAACAAAAAAAAAACAAAAAACAAAAAAAAAAACAAAACAAAACAAAAAAAAAACGUGUUUGUCUCUUCUGGAAUGGUUAGGAGUGAGGGAGUUUGCCCCAUUCUGUUGGACUUUCCGUUUCCCUGUGCUGUGAAAGCGAGUCGCUCCCAGGCUCCCAUCAGCCUGCGCCGGCCCCUAAUGCCGCUCUGCUGUCGCUCCUCCCACCUUCACUCCUGACUCCUCCCCAAGAAGAAGGGGGCGGGCUCAGAGAAGAGAGGGGCAAGUCCAAGAACAAAAGGCUCCUGAUGUUACAGUGGCCUCACACCCCCUGCACCUCCAAAGGACACCUGUCUGCAGGAGUGGCAUCAGCCAGCUUGUCGCUGAGCAGAUACCUGUUUCAAUCAGUCGGGUUUCCAAAACACUGUGCUUAGUCCAGUGAAUGGUGGCUCCUGGGCCCAGUGUCGAGGUGGCCUCCCCAUUGGCUGGAUCCCUUGAUCCUGGGAAGAGUAGUGUGGGGCCAUCUGCCACCCCCAGCACCCGCCACACUUUCCUCAUGAGUCCGAUGGGCAUUCGCGGUUGGGAACACGGCAUUUCUGGUCGGGCCCUGCAGCUCCCUCCCUUCCCAGCCGCUGUCCUUGAGCGCGCAGCUGGGGCCUGAGGUUUCUCAGAGAGUUCUCACUGUUUGCCCCUUUCUCCCCAUUCCCUCUUCCCACGAUAAAGGCAUCCUGAGGCAGCAGUCGCCUUUGAGCAGGCAGCUUUGUCCGGGUAUCAUCCUGGGAGGUGGGGGAAGGGCCCCUGCAGCUCCCCUGCACUCCUGCCUUAGGGUCCGGUUGACAGGAGAUUGGAGGGAAAGCCUUAAGCCACGGGAUUCUCACCAGCUGUGUCCGGCCCAGUUUUGGGGUGUGACCUCGAUUUUGUCCGUACUUGAACACUAUGAAGAUUGGGGGGGGGUACCCUUCCAUGAAUAUGUGAAGAAUACAGGAGUUGACCCGUAGCUUUCAGAUCCCCCUGAGGCUAGGUCAUUAGGUCACAUUGCAGUCUCCCCUACCCUGUUCUAGUUGUUAGCCACUACCUCCUCUCCUGCCACAACACUGUAUGUCCUCCAGCUGCUCCCAGGGCAAGUGCUGGCCUUGGCGAUGCACUGAGCUAAGGCCCUUCGGCUGCAGCCAGGCUCUGGCAUGCUUCUGGCCCCCUUGUGCAGGUGUAGCAUGCCGGAAGGCGGAAGGCGUGAGAGAUGCCGGCCCAUUGGCGCCGUGCCAGCAAGGACUCCGGCCUCUCACCUCAUGGCCUGGGGAGACAGCACAGGUGCGAAUGGGAUCUCUAGCGAGCCCAGAUAUCACCUACCCAGCGUGUUGCUGUUAGCAGACCUGGGGAAAGCGGGCAGCUGGCUCGCUGGGGAGAGGAAUUUUCCUGAGCUGACAGGACCUCUGGAUUUUUAAAGUAACUUAGUAAAGCUGCUCAAGCCCAGGAGAGAGCAAAAGUGUGAAGUGCAGGCACCGGGAGGGGCUGGCUGGGCUUCCUGCAGCAGAGCCCUGUGCCUCCGCGCCUGCUGCAGCCCUGGCCCUGACUCCAGCGCUCAGGGCCUACCGGGCUGCAGAAAGCCACCGACAAGACCUUCUUAGCUCAUUGCUCCAGGUUCUGUUGCCUGAGUCAGAUCGCAUCGACAGUUUCUAGGAGUCCUGGCCAGAUUCUGGUGGUGCAAAUCCCACUCAGGAUUUGCCCAGAUGACAUGCCACGGGAUGGGGAUUGGGUCGGGCGCAGCAGGGCCCUCCGCAUCCUCUUUCUCCUGCUCUCACCAUCAAGUGAACUCGGAAGGCAUUUGUUGAUUCUCUUCAUUUUAGUGUUGUUCUCUUUUAGGUAUUGUACUGGUGUUUAGAAGACAUAAUUUAAUCAUUAGAGAUGUCUAGGGUGGAGAAUUUAUCUAGGAAAGGGGGAAAUUGAACAUGGAAACAGUUUAGAUGGGAAAAGGUAGAAGCUGUUUAACAGGAAGUUAUUCCUGAAUGAGUAAGAGGUCUGUUGAGUGACACAGACAUGGGGACAUGUGGCCUAAGGCCUGUCGGGUUGGAGGAGGGAGUCGGGCUUCUGAAGACACUAGGCCUUUUUGUUACUGGGGAGUCGCUUUUACCCAUCCCCUUCCUGGAACUGUCCCCAAGGACCCUCUUUGCCACGGUCUCUGCAUCUUCACCGAGCCUGCUCCCAAGCGGGAAUGAGCGGGAAUGGGGAGGUACCUCUGCCCAUGGCAUGGCCUGCAGUGGGCCAGAACUCAGUUCCCUGACUUCCCUCAGGCUGAUGGACGAGGCCGUGCAGCUGGCCCCAGAGUCACCUGCCACCUCCCCAGGCCACCUUGCCCCCUCUCCCCAGGAGCAGAGGGAGGCCCAGGCUCUGCCAGAAGAUGGCACCUUGCAGUUCCAGUCAAUGUGGGGCAACUUACAGGAGGCCUGGGCUCCCUUUGCUUCCCCCUCUUUUGGCUUGUCUCUCAGGUCCUGCCCAGCAGGGCAAGGCGGAACGGCUAGCGGCCUGGCUCCUGUCCCCUGGCGGCCCCCUCCCUGUGUGCAUUGUGUGUGUGAGUUCAGGGGCGAAGCUCCUGACGCUGGUGACUCGCAUAAACCCAGUGACUUAGAGACUCCACGUAGGCCAGCUUUGUCUCCGCAGGCCUGGGCUUGGCUUUUUAGUUCUGCUCUUAGUUUUCUGUUGUCCCUUUUAUUUGACGCACCGACUAGACACACAAAGCAGUUGAAUUUAUAUAUAUAUAUAUAUAUAUAUCUGUAUAUUGCACAAUUAUAAACUCAUUUUGCUUGUGGCUCCACACAUAAAGAAAAAGAGACCUAUUAAAAUUAUACCUGUUGCUUAAUUACAAUAUUUCUGAUAACCAUAGCAUAGGACAAGGGAAAAUAAAAAAGAAGAAAAAAAAAAACUGACAAAUCUGUCUGCUGGUCACUUUUUCUGUGCAAGCAGAUCUGUGGUCUUUCUUUGCUUCUUCCAAGGGCUUCCCUGUGCCAAGGGAAGGAGGCUCUGGUCAGUGCCAGCUUGUGCACUGCAUCCCCAGGCUGAGGGUGGCUCAGCCCUGCCCGGCCUUGCCCGCCCGACGCCCCAGGGACCGGUGAGGGAAGCUCAUGACCAGCAGGGCUCAGAGCAGACCAGCCCUCCGCACUUGCCAAGUCUCGGAACCUGCAGAAAGGUGGGCCAAGUGCCCGGUGAGCUGCACCAGACAGAAGGCAGGGGACCCCAGAAGCACAUGCUAUAGUCCAGGGGGUCCCCUCUAAGAAGUAGGGAAGACUCCAGAAAUGCCCCCUUCUCCUUCUCUCUUCCUUCCUUACCAGUAAUUGCAUUUGCUUUUUGUCAUUCUUAAGCAAUAUCUGCCAGAGAGUUUUGCUGUAACGGUUCUUUUGGAUCAUUUUUAAGUAGUUUAAAACACCAAAAAAAUAAAAUCCAGAAACUUGUUCUUCCAAAGCAGAGAGCAUUAUAAUCACCAGGGCCAAAGUCUCCCCUCCCUGUGUCAUUGCUUCUUUCUGAGGCCUGAAUCCGAAAGAGAAACAGCCUCUGGCCCACUGAGGGCCAGGUGACCCCUCGGCCUGGGAGGAAGCGGGGCCAGGCCGGCCUCGGAGCCUCGUCCUGGGCGCGCAUGUUCAGUAUUAGCCAUGGGUUGCAACGUCCGUUACCACCCUGCCAAGGCUGGUGGCAAAGGAGGCCAAGAGGCCGUUGUCACUGAUGCUGGGCCACUACCAGGUGGGUGUGCACAUACGUGCGUUCUGACUGCCGGCAAGUCCUCGCCGAAUCGGUGUCGCGUGCGUUGACCUCCAGCCCCGUGCAGCUGGAGCGGCCGGCAGGCUCAGUGCUUCUGGGGAGCUGGACGGUGGAGUGCGGAAGGCUUGCCGACCUCGAAGCCCGCUCCUUCCCUUGCUACCACGGCCUCCUUUUCCAUUUGAUUUGUCACUGCUUCAAUCGAUGGCAGCCACUCUGGAGUCAGGAGUUGAGUAGCUUGCCGUGCCCCUGGACGCUGGCCUGCGCUGUGGCGCCUCCUCCGCCCCCCUCGUCUUCCUGGGGUUUCUCGGUUUGGGUUUGGUUUGCAUUUCUCCUUUUGUGUUCCAAACAUGAGGUUCUCUCUACUGGUCCUCUUAACUGUGCUGUUGAGGUUUCUAUUUGUGUAAUUUUUGGUGGGUGAAAGGAACUUUGCUAAGUAAAUCUGUGUUUGAACUGAAAUCUGUAUUGUAACCAUGUUUAAAGUAAUUGUUCCAGAGACAAAUGCUUCUAGACACCUGUCUUUCUGGUUUUGUUUUGGUUUGUUUUGUUUUUCUCUCUGUUUUUUUAAACAAAAGCAUUCAGAGGGCGGGGGACGUCUCAGUGAAACGUGAGGGGAGCCCUGAGGAAGUGCAUCCCUUCCCAGCUCAGCCAGGCCCAGCCUGCAGCCCAAGAGAACCGAUACCUUACCAUUUCAAAGUUGGCAAAAACGGUUUCGGUUGCGCCCGGUACAUUCUCUGUUGCCCUCUCAUCAAGAGCGUGGCCGUCAUUGUCAUGUGUUCAUUUGAGGGCAGCCGGGAGGGGCCGCGUGCGGGCAGAGCCGACUCAGAAGUGGGCCUGGGGUGCCCACCUGUGGGACAGGCCAGAGAUAGGCUGACUGGCAGGUGGAUUGGCCACUCCCCCACUGGCACAACUUUUCCAUGGAGAGGCAAGACCUGCCCCGGGGGAAGCACCAGUCUUUGUUCUAGACCCUCUUGUCACACCCUGUUCUACCCCUCCUACAAAGUCGAGUCUGUCCCACCAUCCUGUCCCAGGACAAUGCCAAGUUUGAUCAUGAGGCAUCGCCUUCCCUUUCCACACCAAUAGAGGGUCUUCUCGGAGAAGCCUCUGCCCUCCGGAGACGUGCUUCGGGGCUUGUGAACUGGGUGUCCAUGAUGCUGCCCACCGGCACAGGGCGUGCAAGAGCUGCCAGCAUCACACUGAGCAUCCAAAUGGGCGUGGCCUGAGGCAGCCCUGCGGGACCAGGUUGUGAAGCGGGGAGGUGUGCCUGGGGCGGCUCAGCUGGAGACACCUCAACACUCCGGUCACAUUCCCCUCUCGGUUUUUGUGUUUUGGGACAAUUACUUUAGAAAUUAAGUAGGUCGUUUUAAAAAUUAAAAACAUUGAUUGCUUUUUUGUAGUGUUCAAAAAAAAAAGGUUCUUUGUGUAUAGCCAAAUGACUGAAAGCACUGAUAUAUUUAAAAACAAAAGGCAAUUUAUUAAGGAAAUUUGUACCAUUUCAGUAAACCUGUCUGAAUGUACCUGUACACGUUUCAAAAACACCCCCACACUGAAUCCCUGUAACCUAUUUAUUAUAUAAAGAGUUUGCCUUAUAAAUUUACAUAAAAAUGUCCGUUUGUGUCUUUUGUUGUAAAAUCAAGUGGUUUUUUCAUAAGGUUCUUUUACUAUUUGAAAAGAUGGGCAGCACGCAGUUUUAUUUUAUUUUUGUAAGUUUUUUAAUACAUGUGAAAGCAAAGAAUACUCAGCAUGCCUUUCUAAGUGACGCGUUUGCACCUUUUGUUGGGAAGUUCUGUAUCCUGUGCUGUUAGCAUUCUCGAUAAAUCUCUCUGUGAAAGU